CUCAGUUCCACUCUCCUUCUCAUGGCCGACGCCGCAGCUGGGUUCGGCGCUGCCUCGCUGCGGUAUGAGGAGGCGCUGCAGCGGCAGGUGCGGCAGCUGCGUGCGUCGGCCGCCGAGGACGCUGCCGUGGCCGUCGCCGAGGCUGCCGACGCCGAGCAUCGAGCGCUGCAAGAGGCGCUCGACGCGGCGCUGAGCAAGGUCAGCUCGCUUAAGGCGCGCAACCGCGAGCUGGAGGCCGAGGCGGCGCGAAUGCCGUCGCUCGAGGCACGUCUGCGCGAAGCCUGGGAGCGCAUCGCCGGCCUGGAGGCCGCUCUCGAUGCACAGCCCGACUCUUCUGCUGGCUUUAUCCCCCACCUGCUCCCGCCUACGCUGCUCCACCCUCUGGCGCAUUCGAUGCCGCUGGCACAGAGCCCGGCCUGCCACAAGCCGUGGCCGCGCGAUCAGGUCUCACAGCCGGGGCUCAGCCCCGUCGUCCAUGCCCACGGGCACACUCGCCGACCGAGGCAAAGUCCCGGCCUCGGCUCUGGGCAGCUUGUUGCCCAGCAGCAGGUCAACGCGCUGGAGGAGCUGCUAGAGGCCUCGCUUCAGCAGUAUGAGGCUGCAGCGGCCGAGGCAGCGACGCUGCGGGCGAGCAUCAACAGCGCUGCUGCCGCUGAGCGGCGGGGAGCAGCACAAGCGGCGGGGCAGCGGGAGCAGCGACCACCAGCGAAGCGGCAAGCGGACAAGUUGCGGGCCGAGCUCGUCCUAGCACGGCGUGAGCUGGCCAAGAGCGCGGCCGAGGCCCGCGAGGCGCUCGCCGGGCGCGACGCUGCCAUUGCCGAGCUGCGGGCCAAGCUCGACAUGCAGUUGCGCGCGUCGCAGCGGGCUCAUCAAUAA